AGAGCUUCUGGGCAUCAACUUUUGCCCAUCUCAUUUUCAACAUUUUUCGCCAUCACAAUGACUGGAAGAUUCAGUGCAGCUCAUCUUCUGACUCCUCCUCCUACACCUCCUUCCUCACGCAAACUUGUGUCAUGCAGUCAUCCUGCAAGCCGGCGGGCGCCUUCAAGACCAAUUCCUACAGAGAUCUGGGAACUCGUUGUUGCACACCUUGAAAAGACGGGUGACAUUUAUCCUCUUUUGACGGUUUCCAAAGCAUGGCAUGCGAUUGCUGUACGCGCCCUGUACAAGUGUAUUGUAUUUACGUCGAUUCGACAGCGCAAUUCUUUUGCUGCCAAGCUCUGUGGGACCAAAAAUGCAGAGCUGGCCGUUGAAAUGCGUUGGAUAACUGGGAAGCUGCAAGCAAUCGCUAUCGACGAAGAUCAUCACUCCACAAGUCCUAUUGCACCGGCUGCUGAGAUACCGGAGCUGUCACUACCGUCGACGAAAGCAUAUAACGGUCACUUUGUGCCUGACCUGGCUAUCUUGGUUAAGGGCAUUGAUUUCGGCUUCCGAUCGGCACCUACCGCCUCUGUACCCACAUUUACCCCUACUCCAACCCCAAACUCAUCCGCCCCUGGCACACCAUCGAGUUCCGCACCUGCCUCCCCGACUCUACAGCCUGCAGCGCUCCCAAAUAGCGUGGCUAUCGCUGCCAGCCUUCUCGAGAGCUCUUUACCUUACGGAGUAUGGGAACAUAGAUUUGUCUCUCCUUUACUGCUCAUGAUCUCGCAUCGUUGCACACACUUGUCCUAUCUUUGUCUUUCUGGGUGCCAGUUUGGCGACUCUAUUUUUGCUGAAGCAUUGGCCAAGCUCCCUGAGCUCACGAAAGUAGAUCUCUCGUUUUCAAGCGUAAAGUGGGAGGGACUACAAGGAGUCGCUCAACAUUGCCAAAAGAGACUUCGUUGGCUGGACAUUUCUGGCAUCUUUCGAUUCAGACGUCUUCGUCCUACCCUCGUUGCAGAUAUAUUGGAAAACUGCACCAGCCUUUCAGAUCUUGUUAUAAAUCAGUGCCCGGAUCUGCACGGGUGUACGGAUAGAUGGCAAAAGCAGUAUCCACAUGUCAUCUUGACCGCAUCCCAGCUCUCAAUUCCCUGGAAGGAGUCUUCUCAUGAGCAGUAUUAGAGUAUCAGUACUAGUUGGUAUAUAGGUAUUACGAUUGAUUGUACAGUAUCAUUUGUCUGUGUAUAGCACAAACUGUAAUUUUGUUUUGGGUAGGGAUAAUACUGUUGAUAUCGGCAGUAAGAGAUUAGAUGGUUUUUACCAUGUCUUGAUACGCUUCACCAAA